AUGGCAGCUUUUAUGCAAGCUUGGAAUGGCCCCAACUGCGCACUAGGCUCCAUCAACAACCCACCAGAGGAGAUCCUCUUCGAUAUCGUCAAUUAUCUCAUCAUGGACCUAACAACUGCUGCGUUACCGACGAACACGGAAGAUUCAUCAACCUUGAACCCGCUGUACAAUCUACACAUGGCCUCAAGGCGCAUGUACGACUACUUUAAGCCCUUCGUCUACUCACUCCUAUCGGGGGUACUUGGGUACCGGACCAGCGGCCUCAUCCUCACAGCCACCAACCGUGCAGCUCCUGGAGCCCCAGAAACCAUCCUCAACGCUGCCCGCGUUUGCGCCCGCAAGAUCUCCAAGAAGGACCGCAAGACCCUCCAUUCCAGCUUUUGUGCAGCUCCUGGAGCACUAGACACUAACCUCAACGUCUCCCGCGCCCGCACCUCGCUCUCAUCUACCAGCACCAUGACGGGCAGCGCCCUCCGCUGGAGGGUGGAGCAGGCGAAGGCGAGGUCGAAGGUGUGGUGGGCCCGCCACACCCACCACAUCUUCGACCUGAUCGAGGAGAAGAAGAAGGAGAGGAAGGAGAAGAAGGCAGAGAAGGAGAAGAAGGCCGCCGCCGCCGCACCACGAUGCGUGCGGAAGGAGGAUAUCUCUGCGCCUGUGAAGGCCGAAAACUCUCUGGGUUGGGACUGA